ACAGUUCUACUUUAGAGCAGAAAAUAAAAAUCGGAAGGUUUGCACAAAAAAUAAAAAUAGUAUUCUUGCCGCAAAAGCUUUUGUUCACCGAGAUCUUUAUUUAUUUAUUUAAUUUACAGAUCUUAUUUCUCUCAUCAACGCGCCGCCGACGUUCUCCGCCGUUCCCCACCUCUCAGCUUCUGUGCAGUCGCCGCCGUUCCUUCAUCUAGGGCGUAGGACUGGGAUAAAAGAUGGACGAUGUGAUAACAGACAUUCCCCCGCCUUCAAGACUUCUCUUGGAAGAUCUAAACAACUUCACUCCACCACCACCUUCCCUUCCAUCUCCGUUCCUGGUGUUUUCGUACACUGAUUCAAAGAAAAGCUUCUCUCCCGCACUUCUCCUCAUUGCCAUGUCUUCCCCAUCUCUUCACCUCUUACACCACUUGUCCUCAAAAAAUCUUAUUGGGACGCUUAUUCUCCCCGAGAUUCCUUUUGCUGGAAACUCUGUUGAGCCUUCACUUCGAGACAAAUCAUGCAAUAUAUAUGCCCUCAAUGAAGCUGAUAAAAUGAUCAUGAUUGUCCUGGUUCAGUUUCCUGUUACAUCAGAGAGAGCUAAUGCAGUGGCUAGGUUGCUGAUUGGUGAAAAGAUCACACCUCAGAGGGUUUUGAUUCUGGAUUCUGUUCAAAGCCACAACUUUCGUGGCAGGCUCUCUCCUGACGAGACCAUCGCCUUCAAGCUGGAGACGUCAUUGGAAAGAAAACAUUCAGAGGGCAACGCUUCUUUUGUCAAAGGUCUGGAUUACUAUCCAUCAGGAAGCAUGGUAGAUGGCUUGGCUGCUGCUCUUUUGUGUCGAUGCCAAUUGAAGAAGAUCAAGGGAACUUUAUGCGUUUCGUGGCCUGAUUUUGGUACUCCAGUGAUGUCUCUGGUCAAGUCUCUCUUGGUCAGGAAUGUUUUGGCAGGCGUAAACUACACCAUUGAUGAGGACUACGAGGACGAGUAUUUGAGGUUGAGCCGGAGAAAGGAUCGUGUGGAUUCUGACUUGUAUACAUGAUCCAUGAGUUCCUAGACAUGCCAGUUUCUGGAGGCAUCUAGAAGAAAACGACAGUUACUUUGAUAAUGUUUGUUUUUCUGUACCCUUUUUAGGUCAUCAAAUUUCACAUUGUUGUUAACAUGCACUUAUUUUCAUCAAUAUAGUAACAUUUUAAUUUUCAUGGUGCCAA